ACCUACAACUAAAAGAAUUCAAGCAAACGGACGCUUCAUUGUUUAAGUCUCUUUCCCAGCCUAAAAUAUAUAAAUUUGUGAUAAGAAGAAUAUUUCUAAUUCAUGCUUGCAAACAGGUUCCCUGAGGUUGCAAAGCUUCUUGCUGAGUGUUGGAUUGAAAUCCAUGGAAGAAUUAAUACUCGCAUGCUUUCUCCAGAAACACGUUAUAAGGCUUACCUUGUGUUCAAGCUGGAGGACAAACCAGUUGCAUUUCAAAAUAAACCUAUUGAAGCUGCUAUUCUACUUAGUGGAGCUGAAGUUUCAAAGCGACAAGUGUACGAGCAGGCGAGAAGUGGAAUUGCAGGAAAUGGUGAUGAGUUCCCAGAAGAGAGGGGAGAUAAUUGGUUUGAGGUAGAAUUGGGUGAAAUGGAGUGCACCAAAGAAAGAGGUGGUGAUUUGAAAAUACAUCUUGUGGAGAAAAUUGCGGACAACAGGCGGGGUGUCAUUAUUCAAGGCAUGGAGAUCAGGCCAACUUAGCUGGACAUAACAAGAUUUUCUUUCACCUCGUGUAUUUUGUGUGGGAGGAACAUAGCUGGAGAUACAUCUUGCGGACAUAACAAUAACCAUUUUCGUGUUAA